GCGGGGUCGAGCGUGCGGAGUAGUUUUAUUUAUUUUAUUUUUUUCACAUUGAGAUGCGGGUGCUUAUCAGUUUGUUUGCCUGAGGCAGGCGAGAAGCCCGAGGAAGGGAGGGAGGCGGCGGAGCAGAGAAGGGAGGAAUGAAGACCUUGUGGGCUGUUCUGGGGCGGCCACCUUCCUGAUGCCAGGAAGGGGUUUGGUGUCUCCCUUCUGAGACAGGCCAUGGAGUGGCCCCUCCUUGAACGAACAUCUGAGAGGAACCCUCAGCCAAUGUCACACUUGGAGAGGCAGAUCAGACGGCGAAAAAUCCUCAUCUACAGGCCUUCCUCUGAGGAGCAGGAAUCCUCAGCCCUGCUCCAGAAGCCCCUCGAGACAGGGGGGGCAUGCCCCCUUCCAUGUGGCGAUGCCGAGCUGUCACCCAGCAAGAGGCAGCGACUUCAGCAGGGGCCGCUCCGAACGGCGGAGCAGAACGGGGAAGUUUGCGGCGCGGUGGGAGAGACCUUGUGGCAGGUGGCCUCUCCCAUGGAGAAGCAGCAGCGGAAGAUGCUGGCUGUCAACCUGGAGGACUUUUCAACAUCCCAAAUGCUUAAUGAUCCACAAGGGGGCUCUCCUCCCCAAAGACCUGCCACAUCUCCCUGCGCAAAUCCCCCCCAGUCAGCAGCUGUGAAUGAAGACAGAGUUUCCUGGUCAACAAAGACACAAAGUAGUCCAGUGUGCAGAUCGUCUCCCCCUAAGGGCUACCCUCCAUCCCAUCGAGAGCCUCAAGAGAAGUGGGAGCACGCCCGCCGGCAACUGUGGGACAAGAGGGUGUGUCCCCCACAGUGUCGCGCUUCAGAGCGCCUGCACGCCAAGAGGCAGCGCCUUCAGAAGGGGGUUUCCCUUGCAAAGGGGAGCGAGGGGACAAAGACCUCCCUGCUGGAAGCGGCUCAUCAGCAAAUCCUCGCCACCAGUUUGGAGGCUGGUUCCUUGAGCCAAGCUCUGGUUGCUGGCAUUGGCAAGGAGCAGCCGGAGACCUCCUCAGCCCGCUAUGGGAGUGAUCAGCUGAUGCUGCCUCGCCAAUCAUCUCCAAAUAGGGACACCCAAAUCCCUCAAGACCCACAAGACCAGUGUCAUCAAACAGAUGUAUCCACUGAAGCUCCAUCCUGGCUGCCUUCAGCAUCUGCUCUCUUGCGUCCAUCGUCUGCCUCCCGUUUCCGGCACUGGGGUCUGGUCCCCGUCUUCCAGAGCGUGCGCUCCAAGCUGGAGGCCUUUGCUGACAUCUUCCUGACCCCGUCCAAGCCAGCCGUGCAGUCCACCGAGGGGCUCUCGUCCCUGCCCCCCUGCCCUCCAGGGAAUGAGGAGCAGGAGGCAGCCCAGCCAAGAACACCCCGCCAAAGAGUCAACAUCGAGGUGAAAAUCGCCAUUUCGGAACCACGCCCCCGGAAGAGGAGCUGCCACCACGAGGAGGAGGAAGAAGAGGAGAUAGGUGACGCGGUGGUGAGCGGGCGGCCCCCUAUCCGCCAGUGGCGCCUGAACGAAGGGGACCCGGCCCCACAGCCCCGCCUCGGACGCAGCUACUCCUGCCCUGACGUCCCUGGUGCCCGCUUGUGGCAAGCCUCCCCCGUGGCCCUUCCGCUCUCUGCGCAGCUGCGACAGCGUCGCCACACCGUCUGCAGCCUGGAAGUGUCCCGGGAGCUGGGCCGCCCCACCCCGCCCUGCCUGCGCAAGGAGGUGUAUCCUUUCAGCACGCCCCCCGCACACUUCCUGCUGGGUCCCUCCGUGCACGUUCCCCACUGUGAUGGCUCCCCCUAUGCCUCCCAUGUGCCUUCCUGCCGCCGUGAACCAGAUACCGUCCAUUCCAGGGAGCUCUCUCCCUCGCCUGAUCAUGGACGGAGGGUGUCUGGGAUUGGCCUGGACGUGGUCGACUCAGAGUUGCUCACGUCGGAGCAGAUGAUGCUUUCAGAAGUUGAGAUGAAGGGAUCCCAAGACAACACCGUAGGGAAGGUGUCCUCCAUAAGGAUCCGCAAGACACCGUCCAAGCAGCAAGCAAAUCUCACUCCCAUGGGGCUUCCCCGGCCUGUCAGGUUGAACAAGAAAGAGUUCAGCCUGGAGGAGAUCUACACCAACAAGAACUACCGCACACCCACAGAGAAGAGGUCAUUUGAGACCAUCUUUGAGGUGCCUCUGGAACGCAACGGAGCGCUCAUUUUCACCAGCCAGCGCAAGCUGAAGCGGGCCAUGGAAUUCCAGGAGGGAGGCCUCCCUCGCAAGCAGCGCAAAGCCCACUCCCGAAGGAGUCGCAGGGCAGCAGGAGGGCGGAGGGUAAAGAAGCCCCAGAGUCCAGAGCUGGAGGAGAAGCUGCAGCAGCGGCUGGCUGAACUGGAUGCCCUGUUUGAGGGAGAAGAAUGCUGAGAUCUGAGCAGAGGCUAGAGGAAAGGGCAGCACCCCGAGGAGCCCAAGACCACUUCCUCUGUUUAACUAGCAAAAGAGGUUGCUGGUGUUGUUGUUGUUUUUUAAAAAAACUCUACCAAAGUCACCAAUACCACUCCAAGUUUCUCCUGUGGUGCUGUUUAUUCUCCACUUCCCCAUCAAACUGGCCUUCUGUGCCUGUUGCCUCCUCCUCCCUUGAUCAGUCUCCGAGCCACAAGCUUUGCUGCUUUGAAAAUAGUGCCUGGGUGCCUAUCUGUGCCACCUGGCCCAGCCAGCAUGCUGCCUGCUCUGGCACCGCGCGAGUCCCCUUUCGCUUGGCUCUUUGGCUCACAAGUGGAAGGGGAAGAAUGUUUGUGGUGCCCCAGAGUUGCCUGUCCUCUACACUCUUCCUCCUGUGCCCAGUCAGACCACCAGUGCCGUGCAUGGGAGGAGCACCUAGUGCCCAGCGCUGUUGUGCCUUCUGUGAGAGACUUAGGCCAGCAAGGGAUGGGCCUAGCCAAGUGAGGGCCUAGUUGCCUUUUCUGGAGCGGCCAUCGCCAUCAAACCAAAUAGGAAUGCAGAACCGACGUGCCUGUUGGAUGGGAAGGAGAAAGAAAAAAGGGACUGUGUGAAAGAAUCAGCAGGAGCAGGUUUUUGUUAUGGCACAGGGGAUGAUGUGGAGGAAGAGACGAUGUAGCAAUAGGCUGGGCAAUGGGAACGUGUCCACCUGUUUAAGCACAGACAGUGGAUGAGAGGCUGGGAAUCCUGAGAGAAUGCCUUUGCAUCUCUGGAUCAAGGCCUCUGGGUGUUCCUAGCUUGGAUCAACUGUUUUGUUAGGAAUGAUGUGUUUUUUGUUUUCAUUUUUUAUUAAUCUAUAUUUCUAAUAAACUUUGUAUCUUGGGGGGAGGAAAAAACCACAUAUUGCCAGUUGCUCCUUAACUGGCCUUGUUGGGAACCUGAAUGCAGCUUUAAUGGAGACCGCAAUAGAUAAUUUUGCCUUGGAACAAGGGCAUAGCGACCAGAAAAUGAAAAUCCAUAGCAAGCAGUGGAUCAUAUAUCAUUGGCACACUAAAUUAAUUUCCCCAGCCAAUGGUGCCUCCUACCAGGGAUGGUGGUAGGUGCAUUGGCUAUGGCAAAAAGCAAAAUUGCUGUGAUGUGGGAUCAAAUGGCAAGAAAGAAGUCGUGUGAACUGCACCCGGUUGUACUACAAUUGUACAUGUAUAAGAGGCUACAACAACUAACAAAAUAUGUGGAUUUGUGAAGUCUGCGGUGCAUUUUGUGCAAAUUCAGUAGCUGUGCCCACUUUAAAAUCUGUUUUGAGGUGGUACGUUCACCUUCAAAACUACCAUAGUCUAGAGUUGACAUAGCUGAAAUCCACUCUGUUGUUCGUUACAGGAAAAGACAGUGUGUCUGAUUGAUUCCUCAUGGUUAGUAUUGCAACAGUAACAUCUCAUUUUAUCAAAUUAACAGGUUUUGCGUGGGAGUGGAGACAUUUCCAUCCUAUUCACUCUCGCAGGCCUUUCUUUGGUCCGUUUGUCUACUGGAAAAUGCCUUUUCUUGUUAGUUAACUGCUUAGGAUGUAUUGAGCAGCUUUUAUCCCAGUACAGUAGGCUCUGGUCAAAGUUUGCAAGACUCUGAAGCCCUGACAAAAGUUCUGCUGCUCCUUACGUGCAUCAGGAGAAAGGUCCCCCUGUCUAUAGUUAUGUAAACUGCUUAGAGGUUUUGAUGCUAUAUAAAACUUGUUAAAUAAACAUGGUACACCUUCCCUCCAUA